AUGGCUUUCUCACCAGGCUGCCUGCUGGUCGCGGCGGUGCUGGCGGCGGUGCUGGCCGGCGCGUGGUGCGCCCCGCCGUCGGUGACUUUCACGGUGGACAAGGGGUCCAACGAGAAGAACAUGGCGCUGCAGAUCAAGUGCAGCAAGGAGGGGGACGCCAUGAAAGCGGUGGAGCUCAAGGAGCACACCUACAACAAGUGGCUCUUCCUCAACAAGGGCGCCGGCGGCGUGUGGCAGGUCAAGAGCGACAAGCCGCUGAAGGGGCCCUUCAACUUCCGCUUCGUCACCGAGAAAGGCAUGAAGAACGUCUUCAACGACGUCGUGCCGGCCAACUUCAAGGUCGGCACCACCUACGCCCCCAAGGAGUAG